AACAUUAUAAUAUUUCAGAAAUUUUUUGCUGGUGCCAGGUGAUAGUUACUAACUGUGAUAAUUCAUAUAAAAAAAGUUCUUAAAUGUACAAUACCUGUCAUACUACACUAUGAAAAUGAAACACUUUCUAAACAUCUGCGGCCAUGGAGUGAAGACAUUCGCAACAGUUGCAAAUCAGCAAUCGGUUCAAAGAUGUCUUGGGCAGCCGACAGCAUACAGUCAUCCUUUCUUGAUGAAAACGGAUGAAGUUACUCCAGGAUUGACAAAAGAAAACUAUAGAACUCGAAGACACAAUCUUAUUGAAUUAAUAUGCAAUGAAAAAGUUACCACACCUCAACAAGAUAAAAUUUCCAACAAACAUAUUAUAGUUGUUCUGGGUAAUCCAGUCAAUUAUAUGAGUCAAGAUAUACCAUACCAGUUCCAUCAGAACACAAACUUCUCUUACCUCACAGGAUUCCAGGAGCCAGAUAGCUGUUUAGUAAUGGAAUCAAUGCCUGGAUGUGAAUAUCCAAAUCAUAAGUCUACUUUAUUUGUUCAAAAACGUGACCCAGUAAAAGAACUUUGGAAUGGAAUAAGAGCAGGAACCGAUGGAGCACUCGAACAUACAGGUGUUGAUUACACAGAAGAAAUAGAAAGCCUUGGACAGUUUUUGACUAAUCAUAUCUCUGAACAGAAUACAAUUUGGUUUGAUUUUCAUAGGAUGACAAAUUUACAACUGCAUUUGAAUCAUGUAAGGGGUUUCUUGCAAACAGCACACAAACAAGGUAUCCAAAUUCGCCAAGUUGAAGCUCCCAUAUACGAGCAGAGGAAUAUCAAAUCUUCAGAAGAACGUACAUUAAUGUUGAAAUCUUGUGAUGUUAUUUCGGAAGCAAUCUCCGAUACAAUGGCUUAUUGCAAGCCAGGUAUGAAUGAAAUUGAAUUAAAUGCCAGAAUAGAGUUUGUUGCCAAGAAGAAUGGGGCUCAAAUGCUUGCUUUUCCUCCUGUUGUGGCAUCGGGAAACAGGGCAAAUACCCUACAUUAUGUUGACAAUGAUCAAAUAAUUGAGGAGGGUUCAUUAGUAUUAGUCGAUGCAGGUGCUCGUUACCAUGGUUAUGUUUCAGAUGUAACAAGGACAUUUCCAAUUAAUGGAAAAUUUACAGAAGUACAGAGAACAUUAUAUGAAGCAGUACUCAGGGUCCAAGAAAUAUGUAUAAGAUUAUGUACUAUUGGUCAAUCAAUUGAUGACAUUUAUAAUGUUAUGACAAUGACUCUCGGGAAGGAAUUAUACGAUACUGGAGUCUUUAAAGAAAAAUUGAAACCUACCGAACUAAUGCAGCAUGUGAGAGAAUUAUGUCCUCACCAUGUUGGUCACUGGUUAGGUAUGGAUGUUCAUGAUACACCGGAUAUUAAUAGAUCAAUGAAAUUUUUACCAGGGAUGGUGAUUACCAUUGAACCAGGCUUAUAUAUUCGAGAAGACAACGAAAAAGUUGAUUCAAAAUACAGAGGAAUAGGAAUUAGAAUUGAAGACGAUAUUUUAAUCACGGAAGGAGAACCAAUUGUUUUGUCAUCCAAAUGUCCAAAAUCUGUAGAAGAUAUUGAACGAAUUAUGGCUAAAGGUUAACUGGAUGUGUAUGCCAUACUGCUUACUCCUCUCUUUCCGUCUUUGCGUUAGUGGUUCCUCAUGUAUUUGCUGCAAGAAUACUCCUGCAACACUGAAACUACUGUAUUGAUUGGUUCGAAAAACAAUGCAUCAAACUUUGCAAGUGUUGUUCUGUAAUAUUUUGUCUAACCAAAGACUUCCAUAAGAGUUUACAACAAUCAUCAGCAUAAAAUUUGUGAAUGUAUGAUGCAAUACCUUUGAAUCACUCAAUUUAAGGAGAUCUUCUACUACACUUAGUUUUCCAGUCGUUCCCCUUAUCGUCAGAAAACUGUAUAUUGGGACCUUGUUGCAUGGGAAAGACAUUUUCACUUUUAUUUCUUGUGAGUUUAGAGUAAACCUACCAUUUCGAAUCUGUGAUUGCUACAUGGCUCAUGAUUGUGAUUUAUCAGUUGCAAAUUGAUGUAUAGUUGUUUGAUACCUUUUUAGGUUCUAUUUUGUACUACAAUACUUAGGUAUCUUGAAACUCUUGUGCAUGAUCAGUUUGUUUUCAAAAUAAUUUAUACUUUCCACAAGCUUGGAAAUGUGUUUGUUCGAUAACUUGAUUUAUCUAGUUAUAUCCCCUGCAUUCACUUUUUAUGAGGGCCAAGAUUAAACUAGUAAAUGGAGUCUGAUAUAAUGAAUUGAUUCGUUGUAGUGUUUUGUUGCCAAAUUAGCAUUGUGGUACCAUGCUUUGUCAUAUUUUUCUUUGAUUUUACCUAUCUUUCUGCCUAAUUCCAGUGAAUUAAAGUCUAAUAAUUUUGA